ACAGUGCUCACUCGCAUCUUUUCCCGACAAGGUUGCAGACGGCGCGUGUGCGUGUGCCGUUCGUAUAUUCACCAGGGUGAGGAAAUGGCGCGAUACAUCGAAGAGGUUUAUUAUGAAACUGCAAUUAAUUUGACGUACGAGGCCGCCGAGAUUCUCCGAAGUUCCAUCAAUAGUUUUAAGAACAUCGACGAGAAAUUGGGCACCUGGGAUCUCGUUACAGAAUAUGAUCGUAAAAUAGAAGAUAUUAUUAUCAGCAAACUUAAAAAUGCAUUCCCGAGCCACAAAUUCAUCGCAGAGGAGUCGACUGGCAAUGAAUUACCGGAGUUAACUGAUAGUCCUACGUGGAUCAUAGAUCCCAUUGACGGUACCGUAAACUUCGUUCACGGAUUUCCACAAACAUGCAUAGUGAUCGGUUUAGCUGUCAAAAAGGAAGUGGUCCUUGGCAUCGUGUACAAUCCCAUUCUCGAGCAGUUAUUCACAGCAAGAAAAGGACGGGGCGCGUUCUUAAACGGGAAGCCGAUUCGAGUGUCCCAAAUUAAAGAUAUAUCGAAAGCUCUAAUAUGCAUGGAACCCGGCUUUAUAAAGAUAGAUCAUAUGCGUGAGAAGACAAUGGAGAGAAUUCAAGCCAUUGUUCAAGCAGUUCAGGGCGUUCGCACUCUCGGUGUGGCGUCAUUAUCACUAUGCUAUAUCGCGUUGGGAGUCGUGGAAGCUUACCAUAUCGAAGGCCCUGGCAUUUCGACGUGGGACAUAGCCGCGGGGUCUUUGAUCAUCUCGGAAGCGGGAGGCGUCGUCGUGAAUCGCGCGACAGGUGAACCGAUCGACAUUAUGAAGCCACAAGUGGUAGCCGCAUGCAACGAAAAGAUCGCGCAGGACAUCGUCAGAAUUAUUCGCGAAGCCGAUCUGCGGGUAGACGCACAAACGAAGCAAUAACUUUAGCAGCAUUCGGAUAGACACAUCCAAGAAAUUUUAUCAGGCCGUAAACCUCGAAUUACUACAAAUCAAGAGGAAAUAAUGGAAAGUUUCCUCUAUCGAGUUAGCAGCAACAAACAUCACUAUUGCACCACUAUCUAUUGGAGACGCAUUUAUGUGUUUACUAGAUAACAGUUUAAAUUUGAAUUUAUGUAUCUCGUAAAUCAUUAAAAAUAAAUAAUUACAACAGCUUGUGAGACAUCGCUUUUGUAAAAGAAUGUGAAUACAGCUGAAACAGUGGCGAAUCCAUCCCAUGCGAGUAAACACACACGCA